AAUGCCUUGAGACCACUCUAGCUCUGGCAAAUGAUACCAACUUCAUUGACUGUCUGUCUGGAAAAUUGCAGACAGACCAGGAUCAUCGAAGAGUCGGGCUGGAAAUGACUAAAAAAUCUAAGAGCUUGAAGCACUCACGCUCCAGAUCACGCUCAGUGGACCGAAAACGAAAGUCAGGAGACAAGAGGCACAGACGAAGCCGGAGCAGAAGCAAAGAGGCACGGAAGAAGGACUCCGAAAAAGCUCUGAAAUGUCGAAGUGGAUUGGAGGAGCAGCAGGAGUUGUCAGAUAAGGGCCGUGAUAGGCUGUCUGAAGACAUGGAGGAGCGACACUGCCGCAAAGACAGGAAGUCUUCCAGGAUAAGAAGCAUGUCAAGAUCACGCUCAAGGGAAAGACGACAUCAUAGUCGAAACCGGGACAAAAGAAGAUCUUGCUCACGCAGCGGUGACAGGAGAUCUAGGAGUCGUGAAAAGAAGAGACGGGCCAGAUCUCGAUCAAACUCUAAAAGCAAACACAGACACCGCAGCAGGAGCCGCAGUAAGAGCAGGGAGAAGAAGAAGAGGAUGGACAAAGUGAGGAGGAAGAGUCGAAGUGGGUCAGUUAGCCCUGUGACCUUCAGGGGCAGAAACACAGCCAUGGAUGCUCAGGAAGCUUUGGCCAGAAGGUUGGAGAGAGCAAAGAAGCUUCAAGAACAGAAGGAAAAAGACAUGCUGGAAAAACAGCAACAAGAGAGAGCAGUAGCAGCAGCUCCACUGUUGUGUGAUACGGUCAGCACCGCAGCCAGUCCAGCCCUGAACGUUGCUGCGCUACUCGCCUCUGGCACACAGGUCACACCGCAGAUUGCUAUGGCUGCUCAGAUGGCAGCGCUUCAGGCCAAAACGCUGGCAGAGACUGGCAUUGCUGUGCCAAGCUACUACAAUCCCUCAGCGGUCAACCCAAUGAAGUUUGCCGAACAGGAGAAGAAAAGGAAAAUGUUGUGGCAGGGGAAGAAAGAGGGGGACAAGUCGCAGACAGCUGAGCUUUGGGAGAAGCUCAAUUUUGGCAAUAAGGACCAAAAUGUUAAAUUUCGCAAACUGAUGGGCAUUAAAGGUGAAGAUGAAGGUAGUUCAUCAGGAGCAGCUGAUGAAGAUGGUCUUAAGACCCUGCAGCAGCAGGAGGAGAUGUUCCGCAACCUGGACGUGCAGUAUGAGUUGGCACGCUCGCAGACACACACCCAGAGGGGGAUGGGCCUGGGCUUUUCCUCCUCUUUCUCCUCGAGAGGCAUGGAUGCCGUCUGAAAAUUCUGUUGUGUAAAUUCUCAUUGGUUUUACAGCCCUAUUGCUGCUUUGUAUGUGUUUGUAGAAAGUGCUAUCACAUAAGCUUGCAUGGAUAUUGGUUUCAUCAGAUGUCAUUUAUUUAGCAUCCAGGUUCGUCUUGGAAGAAUGCACAUGUAAAUACAGUUGAUCGCUUAAACGUGUUUUGUCGCUUGGUCUCUGAAAACUGUACUUGAUUUUGCCAAGCUUUCGUUGGAAUUUAUGGUUGAGAAUGUAAUUGUAUUUUGUAUUAAAACUGUCUUUUGACAGAUUCUUGCAUAGUCUGAUGUACUGAUAUUAGAGAUAUCGCAAGUGCUCAUGAAAAACUAUGUUGGGUUGUUGUCGUUGUUACAAUAUCAAGGAUUCUGGCAGGUUAACAAAUUGACCCAAAAGAUCUGUGUCUUGACACUCAGAGAAUACUGUAAAAAUGAACACUUCUAGCCUUCAAGUAAAAAAAUCUAAUUGAAAUAGAUUCCUGAUAUAAAUGUCUUAGGGUUGUAAAUGUUCAGCUGUUUGCCAUCUGUUCAGUCUAAAAUUAAGCAAUAUGGUACAAAAGGAGAUGUUAGAGGAAAGUGAGGUAAGCUGUCACGUGUGCCACUUUUUUACUUUUAGUUGAGGUUUAGUCAUGGCAAAAGGAGGCUGAUGUUUUGAUAGUUAAGAUUAAAAGACCUAUUUAUAUUUUAGUGUGAAUCAUUGGGUAAGACAUGAAUGGAUCGCAUUUGUAAUUUGUAAUUUUAUCAUUCUAUCUCCUUCUGUCUUUUCCUUGGAACACAAAAGGAGAUGUUAUGCAGAAUGACAGGCCUCAAUCACCAUUCACAUUGCAUCUUUUUUCACAGAAGAAAUAAAGUCAUGGGUUUCAAAG